CCAAAUAAAGGCACUAGUGAGACCUCUGAACGGGGCUUUGACUAAGGCCACUAUGGCAGACGCUCUGGCGAGAAUCCCCGUGGUUGAGAUUGAUCCAGAGGGAACCUUUAAGUACAUUCUGCUUCGAGUGAAGGUGAAAGAUGGCGAUGUGCACAAAGACAUAGUGCGGGGCACAACAAGUGCAGAGUACCACAAUCACAUAUUUGAUAAAGUCAAUCCAGCUAUGGAGGCCUUGGGGAUGGAGUGUAAAUGCCUCGGAGGAGGGAAGAUAGAGCACAACAGCCAAGAUAAAAAACUGAGGGUGUUUGGAGAAUCGACUGCGUUUGGUAAAGCAGACCACUCUGUGUCUGCAGAGAAGUUGAAGAGUGCCUUCAGCGACUAUGAGAUCACCUGGUCUGAUGACAAAAAAUGAGCCUACAUCUGAUUUGAAAUAUGUAUUUGACUGCAGAUUUGAUCACUUUUAUUCACCAACAAUAUAAAGGAUUUUGUGUAAACUCUGCAAACAUAAUUUUCCUUUUAUAAAUAGAAUGAUUUAUCUUUA